CUCUGUUGGCCACUCUCUUGUCGACACAAAUAAGUGAUCCGAACACGAACACGAAAGCGGAGAUAACGUCAAAGUGCAAUGUGGUGGAGGAGUCUGCAGGUGUGACUCAGAGCGUGAACAACCUAAUACGGACAUCUCCAUGUCUAUAAGAUCAAACUCUCAAUCUUCGAAAAACAGAAUUGAAUCUCAACCACAUCUAAAAUAUCUCGUCCACGCGAAUUCAACCCCGAGUUUUCACUUGAAACCAUCUUCAUCAUCCACCAAAAUGCAGCUCUCAUUCGUGACUCUCGAUGCCUUCACGAGUACCCGCUAUACUGGGAACCCGGUUGCCAUCGUCCAGGUCCCUGCUUCCAUCGCCCCUAGUCUCACACAAGCACAAAAGCAGUCGAUAGCCUCAGAAUUCAACCUCUCAGAGAUUGUCUUCCUGCACCUCCCAGAAGAAGGAACUGCUCCCACGGAGAGGAAUAUCGACAUCUUCACCCACCAAGCCGAAGUCCCAUUCGCUGGCCAUCCAACCAUCGGCACUUCUCACUACCUCUUAAAAACGGUUGGGGAGAGGGUCGACACCAUCAUCACAAAAGCUGGACCAAUUCCUAUCUCAGUUGACGAGCAGACGGGGAAUGUGAAAGCUGAGAUUCCGCAAGAUUUUCAUAUUCAUGAGGUUACCUACAAGUGUGACUUGAAUGCAAAGGAAAACUCGACCAUAAGCAUCGCCAAGGGCAUGAGCUUUAUUUUCGUCAGACUGGAGAGCCUUGAGGACCUUGUAAAAGCGGACGAGCUCAAAAACUUGCAUGGAGAUACUUACGACCCAUCCUCUCUUGACGAAGGAUGGAAAGUCGGAUUAGUGGGGACUAUGUAUUUCGUUGCCCAGGGAACGGAUGAGCUUGGAAGAAAGAAAUACCGCACUCGUAUGUUUGGAUCGAGAGAGGAUCCCGGAACAGGAAGCGCGAGCUCGGGUUUGGGGUGUUACUUGGCUGGGCUGGAGGGGAAGGAGACUGGGAAGGGGCCUAUUAAGUUUGUGUUUGAGCAGGGGGUGGAGAUGGGGAGGCGGAAUGUGAUAAGUGUUGAGGUUACACGGGGUGAAGGGGGAGAGGGGGUUGAGAAGGUGGCCUUGAGUGGUGCUGCUGUUACUGUUAUGGAGGGAAAGUUGGAGGUUUGAAAAGUCUCAAGUGCGGAAUUUGUCAUGUUACGCCUGAUGUUCAACUUAUACAAGUACACCCCCCAUUACAUGUAUCAAGAACCAUAAUCCCCGUGGCAGACGAUCAAACUACUAGCAGUACUCUAGAGAUGUAUGCGGUUCAAUCCCUGCAAUCUAACGCCGGC